AUGGACGGCAGAGAAGGAGUUCACCGACAAGACUUUGGGAGGGCCCGGGGGCAUAAAAGGCAGAACAUCCAUUCUGUAGGCUUAGCCAGCGAACAUGCAGACCUGGGAGCUGCGGAGAACUUUGUUUGUGUUGUGAGGCCAAUCCCAGCUCGGGCCCGGCGCAUUCCAGGGCUGUUCCUCAUCUCUGCCUCGCACAGCCCGGGGGGUCCUGAGAGCGCGGGCCGAGGCUGGGCCGUGUGCAGAGCCCGCCCCUCGCUGCCAUUGGCUGAUUCUGCCGUCACUCCUCCUUCUCGCGCGCUGAUUGGGCAGAGUGCGGACAAGCCCAGCCCCCGGGCCGACACCAGGGCGCUCCUGAGGCAGCGCAGGCGCUAUCGUGGGGGGUUUCUGUGCGGGCUUGCUGAGGCGGCGGCGGAGCUCGGAGGCGGCCCCAGCGCAGUCCAGGAUUUUUCAUUCCCAAAGUGUGGGCAGAUGGAGGAGGAAAAGACGCAGAGAUCCCUGACAAGGAGGGGCUGCAAACCCAGCCCAGAGAGCUGUGAGGAGGAAAGACCCUCCUUGAGCUGGGAAGGUGGCCGGAGAUCCAGGCAGAGCUCAGAGCUGGUGGAGAAGCCCCACAAGUGCUUGGAAUGUGGGAAGGGUUUCAGCUACAGGUCCAGGCUCAUCCGGCACCUGGUGAUCCACAGUGAGGAGAAGCCCUACGAGUGUGGGAAAUGUGGGAAGAGCUUCAGGACAGUACCUCAGCUGAUGCUGCACCAGGUGGUCCACACUGGGGAACGGCCCUACACCUGCCGGGAAUGUGGGAAGAGCUUUUGGAACAGCUCCCACCUGAAAAGACACCAGCGCAUUCACACCGGGGAGAGACCCUACGAGUGUCCUCAGUGUGGGAAGAGUUUUCAGACCAGCUCCUGUGUCAUUGUACAUGAGCGGAUUCACAGAGAGGAGAGGCCCUUCCACUGCCACAACUGCGGGAAGGGCUUCAAGCAGAACAAGACCCUCACUGUCCACCUGCGCAUCCACACCGGGGAGAGGCCCUACGAGUGUCCUGAGUGUGGGAAGAGCUUCUCACAGAGCUGUAACUUGACCCGACACCAACGGAGGCACCACUAAGGGAAGCCCUAUACGGCUCCUGGUUUGAGUGCAAUACUUACUGGUUCUGCCCAUUUGGAUCUUCCUGGGAUAUCACUUGCUGUAAGGGUUGGUCCGAAGUUUCCCUGAUCUGCCUCACGACCCUCAUCAGAGACUGAGACCCCAGGACCCCACCUCUCACCCUAGACAGGAGUUUCUGGCCUAGGCGAGGUGGAUGCUUGCCAAGGGACUGUGUGCAGGUGUGCUUGCCAGUGCCUGCUGCUUGCCAUGGUACGCUGCUCGCAAGCAGAGUACUGGCUGUAGUGUUCUGUCCUGCACCUGUUUCUUGGAGCAACGCUCUCCACAUACAAUAGUCCAUAAAUCUCCCCACCUUUUGGCCAAAGGCCACUCGCCUUGGAAAAGGACUAUAAAAUGAUUACAGUAAUUUCAUGAUUACAAACUGCACCAUUUUGACUAAAAUUUUGCUCCCACACCAGAAAUGCGGC